AGUGUGUUUUUGAGGAAAAUUUGUUCAUUAGUUCGUGCACUGAAAAUCGUUAUGCAGGAGACAGCUUGGGUCCUCGCUCAUGUGCGGAAGCAAAGAGACGUCUCGAAGGUUGGAGCGGGUAGUUCAAGAGAUCUCUCCUCCAACUUUUGCUACAUUUUCAGCAAUUCUCUUGCCAACCCUCGUCUGGUUUUCCUCGCCAUGCCUCCCUCGACGUACGGCAGGGCUGCUAGGGUAGUGUGCGGUGUCGGCGCGGUGGCGUUCGGAAUUUAUCUGGGUUAUGAGAACCGGCACAGAACGACGCUCCGUGCAUCGUGGACCACCAACUUCAAACCUAGUGUAGAAUGGGACUGGAACUGGGACAGACGUGAGCCCAGUAGCCUGGUGAAACCCCCUAAGACAGAAGAUGAGAAGGACUCCAACGAGUACAACGUGAAGGUUGAGGCAGUCAAGUCCAAGGCCAACAGACACCUCAUCUUCAUCAGACAUGGGCAGUAUGACAUGAGUCCCAAGAACGAUGAGGGCAGGAUACUAACAGGGCUAGGUAAAGAACAAGCAACUUUCACUGGAAAAAGGCUACAGGAGCUGAGUAAGGAGCUGGGUGACUUUGACCUCAUCAUGCAGUCCACAAUGACACGUGCGAUGGAGACAGCGCAGAUCAUCUCAGGUUUUCUUCCCAAGGUGCCUUUGAAGAGUUGCGGGUUACUGCGGGAGGGCGCACCCAUCCCCCCUGAACCACCCAUCGGCCACUGGAGGCCUGAACCUUCUCAGUUCUAUGAGGACGGUGCUCGGAUUGAGGCAGCUUUCAGGAAGUAUGUCCACAGGGCGGACGCAGAGCAAACCGUGGACAGUUACGAAGUUUUUGUCUGUCAUGCCAACGUCAUACGAUACUUUGUCUGUAGAGCGCUGCAGUUCCCGCCGGAAGCCUGGUUACGCAUCAGUCUGAACCACGGUAGCAUCACGUGGCUCACGGUACGCCCCAAUGGCAGGGUCGUUCUGAAGGCGCUGGGGGACAGCGGCCACAUUCCCGUGGACAAACUAACAACGUCGUAGCUGCCGAUACCAAGCAGAUGCUACAUGCUCUAAUCCUUUACAUUUUAAACCACUUUUACAGCGAGAUUUUACCAUACAAGUGUGAGGUAUUUUCGUAGACUUUGAUGCAAACCAAGGAGCUUUUAUAUUAUAUAAAAGCUCCUUGUCAAGUUGUGCAAACGGAAUACAGUGUAUGACAAACAUACAUGUAUAAUGUAAUUCUAUUAGUGGAAAAGUACCAGUAUUUGAUAUUGUACACAGAGGACUGGAAGUUUGUACCAAAUUUUUCUGCAGAUGCAGACUGGGCUAAGUGGGAAUAUAUCCACUCACGGUUUUCUCUUAUGCUGCAUCUCGCUGUUAUGUGCAUUUGUAUACCAAAAAUGUGACAUUUUCUAUACUAUUUAUACCUGUGAGUACAUGUAGUAUACAUGGUGGUGGUAUUUUGUAUGCACAGAUGUUGCUUACAGAACCUGAAGUGUGGUGUGAAUAGACAUUGUACUGUGGUAGAUUAAGUUUUCAUGGUUUAGGCUAGGGUAAGUGAUUGAUUUGUUGAAGGCUUGGGUAUAAAGGCAAAAAUGGGAGCUCUACAGUUAUGCGUGCAUGGCAUAUCAUUUGAAAAAGGGCUGAAAAUGAUGAUGCUUAUUAUGCUAAGAUUUCUUUUGCUAGGUUGAUAUCCAGCCAUAUUAUAGCUCCCAAGUCUCUUAUGUCCUCUUCGCAAUAUUUGCAAAGAGGACAGAAGAGACUCUGGAGCUAUAAUAUGGCUGGAUACCAGGCUAUUCUUUUGCUGCAAUAAGACAAAAUCAACCGUAGUUGUUGCAGUUUUGAGGUGUAUUACUAGAGGGCGUAGUUUCUACAUUCAGACUUGCAGAAAUACACCUGGUGAAAGAUUCUAGAUGGUCUUCCAGAUUAAUUACCUGUGGAGGAAAUAAAGUGAUUAUAUAAUCCAUGGUC